AUGAAUUAUUGUCUUAAUAGUUGGAAGCCAGGUGCAGCCAUGAUUGGUGUUAACUUUACUUUGGCUGUUGUAAACAUUCUAUUCAAGAUUGUUCUUAACAGAGGAGCAAAUCAGAUGGUUUUAGCCACAUAUAGGCAAUCAAUCUCUGCAAUCUUCUUGGUCCCCAUUGCCUGUUGCAUAGAAAGGGGCACACUAACUACAAAUCUCUUCUUAAUUGGGCUUAAGUAUACAUCAACUUCAUUUGCUUGUGCUUUCAUCAAUAUUGUGCCCAUAAACACAUUCUUGUUGGCACUCCUAUUCAGGCAUGAGAGAAUAAAUAUAAAGUGCAAGAGUGGGAAAGCUAAGGUGUUAGGCACACUAAUAUGUCUCAUUGGAGCCAUAGUACUAACACUCCACAAAGGGAAGCCAUUGACAAAUAACAAUAAUGCCUCAUCACAAGGUGUUGAAGCAUACCAUAACACAAAGAGUUGGAUUAUUGGUUCAUUAUUUCUCUUUGCAGGAAGCUUGACAUGGUCUUCUUGGUUCCUCGUACAGGCUCGAGUGGGGCCAGGUUUUCCAUAUCAGUAUUCUUGUACAACUCUCAAGUCCUUCUUUGGUGCCCUUCAGUCUGCUGCCUUUUGCUUUAUCAUUGAUAGAAACACAUCCAUUUGGAGAUUGAAAGGGACUUUGGAAAUAUGGACAGUCAUAUUCUCGGGAAUUGUGGGAUCUGGCAUAUGUUAUGUUGCAAUGUCUUGGUGUGUGAAGCAAAAAGGACCUGUUUUCACUUCAACAUUUACUCCCUUAAUUCAGAUUUUUGCCAUUGUGCUGGGUGUCUCCAUACUCCAUGAACAAAUUUACCUUGGAAGCAUUUUAGGAUCCAUUUUGGUUGUUGUUGGCCUAUAUACUCUUCUUUGGGGUAAAAGCAAAGACGCAGUAGUUUUCAAGACUGCACCAACACCAGACAAGGAUCUGCAAACUGUAUUACCUGUUACUAAUACUACACCUCCUACCUAA